GCUUCUGCCUCUCGCUCUUCGCGCUGGGCGUCGCCAUCUGGAUCUUCCUCUACUUCAAAGACCUCCGAUGUCUUAGAAACACCAUCCACACAAAUCUUAUGUGGACGUACAUCUUUUAUGACGCAACAUGGAUACUCAACGCUUGCGUGCAGGGGUAUGCGGGCGAUCUCCUGUCAUGCGCCUUCCUAGUGGUACUGAUACAUUACUUUUACCUGACCAACUUCUUCUGGAUGUUUGUGGAAGGUCUCUACCUCUUCAUGCUCGUUGUGGCAACAUUCACCAGCGAAAAGAUCAAGUUGCGUGUCUACCUCAUUAUUGGUUGGGGUAAGUGAUACUCGUAAAGCAUGAAUAUUAAAGCCAUGGUUAAAGUUGAAUAAGAAAGAGGUUGACCCAAGAGAAGAAGGACUGCUAAUGAGCCAUUGCCCUUUAAUGGCACCUGAUCACUUUGACUGGAUACACGAGGCUCCGGUCAUAACUGUACUCGCUAUGAACCUCGUCUUCCUCGUUUCCAUCAUGUGGGUCCUGAUCACGAAACUUCGAUCAGCUAACACCGCGGAAACAAAGCAGUACCGCAAGGCGACGAAGGCGCUGCUGGUGCUGUUCCCGCUGCUGGGCAUCACCUACAUCCUCAUGAUGCAGGGCCCCAUGGAGGGCGUGGCCGGCGACGUCUUCCGCAACACGCGUGCGCUGCUCGUCGGCCUGCAGGGGUUUACCGUGGCGCUGUUCUACUGCUUCGUGAACACGGAGGUGCAGAACACCCUCCGGCAUCGCAUGAGCCGCUGGCGAGAGGCGCGGGCGGUGGGUGGAGGGAGGCGCUAUACUCUGAGUGGGCACAGUAAGGACUGGAGCCCGCGAUCUCGCACGGAGAGCAUCCGGCCCGGUCCGUGGUCCGUGCGCUGAUUGCAUUUGCGCACGUUUACGUCGGGUCGUAAAAACCCUUCGACGCGGGGCGUUUUCCCUCCGACGCGACCUCCUCGAUUUUCCAUCCUUUCUGUCACUCACACGCGCUUUCCUGGAAUUUAUGUUAUGGCGUUCAUUGAUGUCACAUAAAUGCGUGUUUCACAAAAAAAAUCCCCACUCCAUGAUAUCUUCUAAUAUCUUAUACUUCGAUGUCCCUUUAUUGAAAAACAAUAUACGUCACGAUAUUUUCGAUUUAAUGUCUCUAAUGUUUGUCAUAUUCUGAAUCAUAACUAAUUUUUAAUGUUUUAAAUAUUUUGUUUCAUCGCUUUGUGGUUUGAAAAAUUGUUCAUUUUUCUAACACAUUGUUUUAACGCCAUUAAAAUUGACAUUUUAUAAUUUUAAAUGGUGUAUAAUAUUUAUUCUUCUAAAUAUUAAUCUUAUUCUUCC